AUGUUUUCGUCAAAGACUCGAAAAAAUGCCAGCAAAGCCAAAGAUGGACACAGUUCAACAAUCCCGCGACCUUCGGAUAUUGCCAAAAGUUUAGCAACACCUCCAGCGUCACAGACAAGCUCUUCUUCCAAAGGACAUGCCCUUCCCCACAGUCUCACUUCCGGGCCUUCGUCUGUGUUUAGUUUCGAAGAAGACAGAACGCCUCUAGUUCACAACCCUUAUGAUGAUUUGAGUCUGUAUACAACACAGAUCAACGCUGUUCAUAAACCUCAAACGAGGCCACAUGACAAUCUAGCUACCAGCCGAGCUUUCUCAAAUCAGGGUCAAAUUUGCAAAACGCCUGGCGGAUACUUUGGAUUUAACAAACCUCCAGAUUCGAUUCCAGCUCGGUAUAGCGGACAUGAUAAACCGUCUGGAUAUCAUGGAUUUAACAAACCCAGAACACCUGAAGUUCAUGUACCAUCCGAUCAUUUUGGAUAUAAUACCAAACCAGCGGAGACUUCGAAGGAUAGCAGGUUCUACGGAAGCAAGUCAACUGCAACUUUAGACGGCAAAGAAAGACACGAAUUUGUGGGGCACUGUAAACCAAAGUCUUCAGAAGUACCCGGGCAAUUCUAUUAUAGCAACCAGAAAACAGAAACAGCAAAACGUCAAGGACAUGAGAGAGCUAAAUCAGUAGAGCCAAGUGGGUACUAUGGGCAUAGCAAUCCCCCACAAGUUAGUAGUGUUGUUGGGGACAAGCAUUUAUUCAGCAGAGGACAAUACGGUUAUAAUUUCGACAGAGAUUUACAGCAGCGGCAACAGCCAGAUUUUCGCGGAACACACAGCAGGGAUGUGUCGAGUCAUCAGAAAAUCGUCUCGCCUGUGUGGACUUCAGAAACACCACCCUCGUAUACUGCAACUAGAGAACCUGAGAAAGAAGCAUCGCGUUAUGAACGGAGCCAUGCUGAUAACGACUGGUCAAAUGUCAUGGCAAGUACCGACACUGUCGAGGACGAUCAUAUUUAUGAAUAUACCUGUUUUCCGCAGAGUAACAUGCCAUUUUAUACUUCAACUCCUAACCGGCAUCAUGAUUGGCAACCGCGUGAUGAGUACGGGUCGCCGGUUGAUAGCCAUUGUAACGCGGUUGUAUACGACAGACCUUUGCGCGUGCAGUGUGACAUCUUAAAGAGAUUGAAUGACCGAAGUCAAAGUUUAAGUCCAAUCAGUCAUCACCAUCUGACUGAAGAAGCUAGUUCUGACACUACAGGGUCAACACACUCGGAUUCAAAAAUACCAGCAUACGGUAGAGAAUACCAGUCCCCGUAUCUGGAUUCCCCUUCUGAUGACAGAUUAUUUUCGGAUGGGUCUUCAAAUUAUGACAACACCAACUUUGUUGACCUAAGGUCAAAAGGUCACAGACAAGACAACAAAGACCUUGCUCAACAGAGAAGGUCUCACGGGUUAACAGCAACUAUGAACUACCACCAGCAGCUACGGCGUGAACUGGGGAUGCCUCAACAUCAGGUACCUCACUACACACAGCCAGUUUCAUCGUCUCCAUAUCGCGGUCCGUAUUCCAACAUUAUAACUCCUUUACCCAGUUCAAGCGACAGUAGUAUCCACCUGUCGUCUACACGGCCCAUGUCGCCUACUGAAAAGUGCACGGCAGAUUAUAUAAACUCUCUGGCCAAUGAACGCAAUGGCAAAAGAUACCCUGAUGCCUUCCAGAGUCUGCAUGGCCACUACUCAACACCGCAUCUCCCAUCGGCUAUCAUGUCCCAGUUUGAACAACCGCUUUCAGGAUCGGACCCUAAUCUCCAAAGUGAGUCCAGACAAUCUGAGAUGUACACUUACUAUGACAAUCUUACCAGUCCACGAACGCGUUCAAAGCUGUCUGCAUCACACCCAUUUCAUGAAACGAAAGCAUUUGUUGAGCAAUACAACCCAAAUUUCCUACAGUCUAGAUCAGCCUUGCCUAAAGCUGCACACCCUUUGACCUCUGACUACUCCAGCAGCUCUUCAUACCGACCAUCUCCUCAGAGUUUAUCCUCAUCUUUAGCUCCGUCUUCAGCUGCUUCAGCAUCUGCACAGCACUCCUACUACUCUUCUCCAAGCGUACAGGGCCUGUGCACUUUACCAAGAACCAAAUCUCCAAGUCCAUGCCCGCCUUCAAACUCCAUUUAUAGUUUGCAGAGAAGAGAGCCUAGUUACGAAGAAAUAGAAAACAUACUUCCCCAUAAAGCUGUUAAAGAUCAUCCAGACCAAAAAUCAGCGAAGUCAUUAAAACUUUGGUCUAAACCUACGGUUCCAGACGACAAACCUAAGCCUAAACCUCCAAUUUUUAAAGUUAAAAAGGGCAUCUUUGGCUCCGUUUCAGAGAAAGCCCAACGGUUUGAACAAGUAGCAGCCGAGCAACCCGUUUCGAAAGAGGUAGACAAAGAAAGACCGUACAGAAAAAUAAAAGAUGCAUUUGGUGAUUCAAAACAGACACCACAUGACCCAAAAGAAAAGAUCAAAGGAUAUAAAGAAGACAGGAUUACAACUUCAACAUCGUCAACAACAGUUACAUCUUCUCCUUUGGCGACGUCGUGUGUAUUAUCGACAACGCUGUCCUCGUCAUCAUCAUCAUCCUCCUCAAGGAUGUCCAACCCAGAGGAGACCAGCAAACUGGGAUCGGAGGCCUCUAUGACUUCCAGCAUGCACGAGUCCGGCAGUGUCGACGUGGACGCCUUUAGCGAUUUCCUCCAGAACUCCUGCACCUACCCUUACCAUCUGUUCUCUAGAAGGAAAAAGCCAUUGCCUGGUAAGUUACUCUCCGUUUGUAUGAGAUCCUUCAUUAAUCUGUUUGUAUUAUAUUCUUUCUAA